GACAAGCUAUUGAUUGUUGAACGAUUCGGUACGAGGGAGGUGUAAAAAAAUUGUGGUUCUUAUUACAAUUUAUAGUAUUCUUAUUUUGUAUUAUGUACACAAGUCUUCUACAAAAUUAAUGGUAAUUUAGUAUUUCUUUACUGUAGAUACUGAAGUGCACUUUAUAAUGGGUGAUAAUGAUGAUUAUUAUGGUGACGGGACAAUGGAGCCAAUGGGGGCAGCACCUGAGGUCAUCUACAACUGGGUAGACAUAACAAGUGAUUUCUUCAAACAUAUCCAAGAUCUUCAACUUGGUGAGCUUCUUCACGAUGGCCAUUUAUUUGGUUUGUUUGAGGCGAUGUCGGCCAUUGAGAUGAUGGAUCCUAAGAUGGAUGCUGGCAUGCUCUGCAACCGCGGCAAUCCAAAGCCUUUGAACUUCCAGCAGGCUGUUGCUGCUGGAAAGCUGAAAAUAGAUGACCUAGAACCUGCAGAAAUGAUUGGCAUUAUGGAUGCGACCAUGGCAUGCAUAGUGUCAUGGUUGGAGGGCCAUUCAUUAGCUCAGACCGUCUUUACAAACCUAUACCUACACCAACCUCAUUCUAUCAACAAUAAGGUAUUGAAAGCAUACUGCAUUGCAAUCUAUAAACUGCUGGAUUGCAUCAGAGAUUGUAUUAACAAGGCCCAAGUAUUUGAAGAGGAAGACUUCUUACCGAUGGGUUAUGGUUAUCGUCUUGGCUCGAACCCGCAGACAGGGAACAGUUACGACGCGCGUCUUGAAGUCAGUGAGCAGAAGUGCGUGUUGAUGCUACGUGAACAAGAGGAGGAGUUGAACAAGAAGGUUAGGGAAAGCAGUACGGAUGAAGAUGACAGUGUAUCGUCAGCAUGGACUGGCCUAGCUUGUCGCAUGCGUUUCAUUCGUAUGUUCUACCAAGCACUCCUCCUCAUCACUAAGAAGGACUCACAGUCUGGAGCGGACUGUGUGGCCUUGCUCAACGGCUGCUCAGAUAUGAUGAAGCUGUCUAUAAAGACCGCGAAGUACGGAACACAACCUGUGGAGAAUUCCGACUCCCCGAACCCAAUGGGGUUCGAGCCGAUGAUCAACCAGCGUCUACUCCCGCCUACGUUUCCUCGCUACACGCGCAUCAAGCCGAGGGCCGAGGCUCUGCUGUACUUCGACGAGCUGGUCACGAGAUUAAGGCACGCGUGGAAGAUCACAUCUUGCACUAACUUCCAUACUGCACUGGACUUCUUCAUGGAGUUCAGUCGCCAACGCGCCUGCAUUCUCUCCCGCUCGGCCCUACAGCUGCUGUACCUCAGCCCGUCGCCCGCCAACACGGCGUCGAUGGCUCAGAGCGCGAUGAACGGGCCCAUCGGCCAGCCGCGACCGCAACACGCCUUCGUCGAGAUCCUUAGGGAGUCCAUCAAGUGCUUCGUCAACCCACCCGCUUUGACGUCCAAAUCCCCUAUGCUGUCAACGCCGCAAGCUCGUGAGUUCGUGGAGAACUUCCUGGCUCGUUGCGUGCGUCCAUUUGCAGUGCUGCUGCAAGUGUUCGGACACAACCGCGCGCGACAGCGGGACAAGCUCGCGUUGUUACUCGACGAGUUUGCUGCGUUGCAGGAAGAGGCGGAGAGCGUGGACGCGGUGGUGAGCGGCGCGGCGGGCGCGGGGCCUCGCGCCUGCUUCGGCACGUGGGUGCUGUACCACGUGCUGCGCGUCAUGAUCGCCUACCUGCUGGCCGGGCUCGAGCUCGAGCUCUACAGCCUGCAUGAGUACCACUACAUCUUCUGGUACCUGUACGAGUUCCUGUUCGGCUGGCUGGUGUCGGCCCUGGGCCGCGCGGAGGGCCUGGCGGGCGAGGCGGGCCGCGACCCGCGCCGCGCCCGCCGCCACAAGAAGCGCGCGCGGCCCGCCGCCAGGGAGGCCUUGCUGUGCAACGUCAUGCAGAACAUGUGCGGCGGGUACUAUAAGGCUCUCGUAGCUUUCAAGUUACAAGGCAAGAUCCCCCAGCCGGAAUCCGAGUUCGACAACGAAGCGGUUCGCUACAAACACCGCUUCGCGCCAUUGUCAGUGCUGACGCCGCCGCAAGUGCACUACCAUGAGUUUUGCGAAAUGACGCAGCCGUUACAAUACGAGAACCCGGUGAUACUGUAUCUCGGUGGGUGCAAACACUUCCAGCAGGCCCGCACGUUACUUGAAACAAUCACGACACCUGAUCAAGAAGUAACAGAUCUUCUUAAGGUGGUAAAAACAAACUUCGUAGUAUUAAAACUAUUGGCGGGAGGACAUAAGAGGGACUCGACUGUUCCGCCAGAAUUCGACUUCUCAGUACAUAGGAAUUUUCCAAUUAUUAAAUUAGUAUAA